AUGUCGGGGCCUCUCUUACAAAACAAUAUCCAUGAUCGUGACAAAUUGAUUCACAAACACAAAAGAAGAAGACACUACAGGAUUGUAAAUCAGGCGGUAACGUUUUAUUAGAAAUCUGAACAUGGAAGUAGAAAUAUGUCUUCAAUUACUGAUCUUCGCUGUCCUGACAGUUCAUUUUUGUAUCGGGCAUGAAACGUUUAUGUGCACAACAAACACAGAUGCUUUAAAAACAAAAACUCCGUGCUCGAAUGAACUGGAAGAAGAAGUACGAUCUUUGAAAGUCCAAGUUCGUCAGCUUCAGACACUUUUACAGCAACAUGAAAAUUCCCAUUUCACUACUAUCCAAGGUUUUCCAAGAGAUUGUUUGGAAAUAUACAGAAACGGUACUAGGACAGACGGAGUUUAUUCUAUCUCUCCGGACGGAAGAUGUCCGUUUUUAGUGUUCUGUGACAUGACUAACGGGGGAUGGACUUUGAUCCAGAAAAGAGUUGACGGAAAGAUUAGCUUUUACCGGCCUUGGGAUGACUACGUCAGUGGAUUUGGAGAAAUUGACGGCUCACAUUGGCUAGGGUUAGAGAAAAUUCACCGUCUGACACGGGAUGGCAGUCAGAUUUACUUUGACAUGGAAAACUACGAGGGCAAAAAGGAAUACCUACAUUAUAAAGUUUUCACCGUGCACGAGGCAGCAACCGCCUAUAAAAUGAACGUCGAUGCUUUUAAUUACGAGGGAAAUAUUAAAGAACUUCUAAGCUACUACAACAACAUGAAAUUUUCAACUUAUGACAGAGAAAAUGAUGUUUCUUCAAGAAAUUGUGUCAGCGUGCUUGACGGGGCUGGUUUGUGGUAUAAGGACUGUUGGCGACUAGGGGGGUUGAAUGGCGUAUAUGGUAAAAGACGGGAAGGUGGUAUUGGCUAUUGGACACAUAGCAAGAAAACGGUUCCAGUAAAAAAUGUCGCUAUAAAGGUGAAAGAUCUGGCUGGUCAAUGCUAGAUACUGAUGUAUCGGUUAUUGUGAACGUGUCGUGAACUAAACUGUUAGCUCGUGAGA